AUGAGAGGAACCGAAGACGGACGGAAGUCUGUGCUGAUUACAGGAUGCUCUCCUGGCGGUAUUGGGAACUCUAUGGCCCGUGAGUUUCAUCGGAAUGGUCUGCGUGUGUUCGCUACUGCCCGUGAUGCAAAGACAAUCGAAGAUCUAUCGUCUAUUGGGGUCGAGACCUUGAGUCUUACCGUGGACGAUGAGGAAAGCGUCCGACGAUGCUUUGAAGAAGUGAAAGAAAAGCUUGGGGAGAAAGGACUGGAUUAUCUUGUCAAUAACGCUGGCCGGAAUUAUACUGUGCCAGCUAUGGAGGCAGAGCUCUCCGAAAUCCGUGACACGUUCGAAACGAACUUUGUCGCGGUUGUACACAUUUGCCAGACCUUCCUACCGCUACUUAUGAAGGCUAAGGGAACUAUUGUACAGAUUGGUUCUGUUGCUGGGGUUGUUCCCUACGUUUUCGGGUCCGUAUACAACGCCUCAAAGGCUGCCGUGCACUCGUUUAGCGAUGCCUUGCGCGUGGAACUAGCUCCGUUCGGUGUGCACGUCACCACCGUCGUUACCGGGGGUGUGCAAUCUCGCAUCGCCCGUGUCAAGCGUACUCUGGUUCCCGGUUCAAUCUAUGCACCAAUCGAGGACGAAUAUAACCGACGGGUGGUACAUAGCCAGGCUGGGGCCAUGCCAAACGAAGCAUACGCUCGCAGCGUGGUCACACAGGUCCUGUAUGGGUCUGCACCGUGGCGCUGGAUUUGGCCCUGGGCGCAAGGUCGGAAGAACUGGAUCUGGGAAGGUAACAAAAGCUGGUUGAUCUGGCUGCUUAUGGGAGGAUGGGCCUGGAACGGCCUGUCUGGGAAGAUUGUGACGAAGAUGUUCAAACUCAACAGACUUAGAAGAGCUGCUGGGAAAUGA